AUGAAUCUUCUCGGUGCGCCAAGUUCGUGUUCACAGGCAAAUGAGUUACUCAAAAGAUUAUGUCCUGACAAUGGUACAGAAGUAUGCGAGGAUAUUCGGUAUAUACGAGCUGGCCUGAUCGCUGAUUGUUACAUCACCCCGGUAUUCUAUCUUUUAACUGUAGUGUUCAUUGUGUUUGGAACUGUGCUGAACCCGUUGAGCACCUAUUGCUUUUUCAAAAUGUACAAACGUGAUUCACAGAAUAUCUUUCUAUAUGUCUUGUCGAUAAGUGAUACAAUCAAUCUACAAAUCAAUUUUGCAUUACCGAUGUUACGCCAAUGGGAAAUUAUUGAUGAUUAUUUCCGAAAUAAUGAUUCCUUUUGUCGAAUUUUCGGCGUUUUAAAUGAGUUUUUCUUGAUCUUUCCAGCAUGGCUACUCGUCCUCUUAACUAUCGAUCGAUUGAUCUAUAUAACAAGAUUGGUCAAACGCCCUUUAUCUUACACUCGUCAACGAGCCAAGCUCUCUAUCCUUGCCCUAGGCCUGUGCGUGUUAAUUCUAAGUCUGUAUCGUCUAUUCGAUGUGAAAGGUAUCGAUCAAAGUGGCGCAUUCGCCAUUGUCACAUGUAAUGUAACAGAUUAUCCCAUUCCAGCAAUGAAAUAUCUGAAUUUGCUGGUCUGGUCGAUAUUUCCAUUAUGUGUCACAUUAAUAUUGAGCAUCAUUAUGAUUUAUAAAAUUAGUGUCACAAGUGACAGGAUUCAGAAAAAUCCUGUUAAACAUCGAUCAAUCAAACUUGAUCGAGCAACGAAAACAACCUUAUUUAUAUCAAUCUUGUUCCCAACUGUGUUUCAUACACCAACAGGAAUUACUAUUGCUUUGGCAUUGAUUUAUCAGAAAAAUCCAUAUACAACAGUUACGAUUUUGAUUCUCGUGGCAAGAAAACUUACCAUGAUCCUUUCGGCAAUCAGUUCGUCUUGUAAAUUUUUUGCGUAUAUUAAAACAUUCCCACAUUUCAAUGAAAUUCUUUGUACAUUAUUUCGAUGUGAUAGAUACCGUUACCGGCAUCGCGGAAGUUCAAUAGAGUUGAGCCAUCGAGAUUUGCGCAGAUCGCGGGAUACUGCCAAUUCGAAUAAGAUUCGUUUUGAACACAAUAAACAACAGCUGAGCUCGUCGGAGAGUCGUACGACGUCAUUUUCGAAAAUUAAUGACAGACAUCCGAGUGUCUACUAUAAUCUUCAUUCAGCUGAAUGUACCUCGAAAACCUUUUCCGAAUAUCAAUCAAUGAUCGAAGUCAAUGAAGAUUUCGAUAGCCUGUAA